AUGUCUAGCAAAUAUAGUUUGAAAUGGAAUUCGUACCACACGGAGACGCACGCCACCUUCGAGUCGCUUCGCAGCCAAGAGAUGCUGGUGGACGCGACUCUGUUUUGCGACGGUCAGGCUCUCAAGGCGCACAAACUGGUGCUGUGUGCCGGGUCGGGCUAUUUCGAGAGGACGCUCCACCGGGACACCCACCGCGACACCUGGAUGUACUUCUUCGGUGUGGAUGUGAACCUCCUGAAGCUCCUGAUAGAUUUCAUGUACCGCGGUGAGGUGGAAGUGCCAGAGGCGGACCUGGAAAGACUGAUCGAACUCGCAGACACGUUGGAAGUGAAGGGACUGAAAGGAGAACGUUGCAGGAAUGCUGCCUUUUCUGCAUCUUCUGGCCAGACGAUGCCAGCAUCAGAAGUGCAAGACGCCUCGACCCACCGACAAAAGGAGACGGCCUUGGUGACGGGUUACGCCAGCAACUCGUCCCAUUCUGCUACCCUCAAGGGCAGAAGGAAAAACUUUGCAGCUGCUUCCACUCCCAAGGAAGCAUUUGAACCUCCUUCCUUACAGCCCAAGACAUUGCUGCAGGGAGACUUGAACCAGGAAGUGAACGACGCGAGGUCAUCCGGCUCCUCCCAGUCCAGUCGGUGCAGAGGGGACUCGGUGGCGAGAGAGGGAAGCGAAGAAAUCCGUGCAGGGAAAGGGGAUCAGCACGCGAUCGGGUACACGGAUCACCACGAGGAUGGAGGCCACUGGGAGGAUUCCAUGUUCGUCACGGACGGGGAGGAUGGGCCGAUUUUGUCCAGUGAAGAAAUGCCUUCUAACAUCCCACAGGAUAUUGACCCCGCUACCAUCGGGAUUCCACACGAGGAGUGCAGGGGGGUCAUGUGGCAGGGCAGGACAUGGGACAAGCAGAAGACGUACUUCUGCUCCCACUGCUCGUACAACACCAACCGCAGGUACCACGCGAUCAGGCACGGCCGCAUCCACACUGGGGAGAAGCCCUUCACCUGCUCCACCUGCGGGAAGGCCUUCUCGAAUCCCUCGCACUGGAAGAGGCACAGCAGCACUCAUGUCUAUGAUAUGAAACUGUAAUUUUGUGAUUGAUAUAUUGUUAUUGUAAGGCAGGUUUGGACCUUGCUAUAAUGUAUAUGUGUGGA